AUGGUCUGCUGUGCCACCGCUCAGCAAACAGGCAUGACCACUCUCUAUGUCAAGCCAUCCAGCUCAAACACUGGCGAGCAUUACGCCACUAUAGACUCUCACUCAUCAGUCACCAAGGGUCUGUGUGGCACUUCAAAGUCGUCGCCAUGCGCCGAUGUCAGUACCGCCCUCACCUCGUUCCAGAACCAAUUCCCCGCCGCCACAUACAAGGGCACCUACCCACCCCUGACCCUGCUGCUGCUUCCCGGCACCUACCAAGGCUAUGGUAACAGCAACUUUGACAUCUACGGCUUCAACCUGACAGUGCUGCCAGCCCAGGCCAACUCCGUUGUUACCUUCUCGCCCAACGUCUAUGGCUCGCAGAGCCUGUUCACAUUGAACGACAUGUUUGCCCAGAAGCCACUGGACCCAGCCAACACCCACAGCAGACUCUACGUCAGCGGUCUCAUUGUCAACAACCUCAACUCAAUGUUUGGUUCAUUCCUCGGAGUCGAGGUCGGCAUCUCCACAUUCUAUGGACUCAUCGAGAACAUCCAAUUCUCAAACUCGAACGUGGGCGGUGGUGUCAUUGGCGCGACCAACACCUACAACACAUCAAUCGUGAUCGACACCAUCAACUGCACAUUCGUAAACAUCGAGGCCGGCAGCUCAGGUGUGUUCAGCGCUAUCGGAUCUGAUAUCAACAUCCACAGCAGCGUAUUCCGUGAGUGCAAUGGUACCUCGGUCCACUCGCUCAACGCCAACAUCCUGGUGGACUCAUGCCUCUUUGCCGACUGCCCAGGCAUCCAAGGUACCAACGGUGGUGGAAUCUAUGCCGACACCUCCAACGUCACAGUGUCCAACUCACAAUUCAUCAACUGCUACGGUGAGAAUGGUGGUGCCAUCUACUAUCAAAUGAAUCCCCGUGAUAUCAUUGCCAACUUGCCCGAACAGCUCACCGUCCAAUCGUGUCAGUUCAGCUACAACGUUGCCAACACUACUGGUGCCGACAUCUGUAUCGUUGGAAACAGCGCUGGAAAGUCCAUGAUCACCAUCAAUGACUGCACCUUUGAAGGUGGACGUCUCCUGAGACCAUCAGCCGUCGGUGGAUCAAUCUUUAUCCAAGACACUGACUUCUCUGUCUCAGACUCGAGCGUUCUCAAUGCUACUGGAAGUGCUGUUGUGAUCAACUCAGCACCAGGUACCUUCCAGAAUGUGUCCAUUUUGCAUUCGACUAUGGCUACUGAGGGUGGAGCAUUGUUGAUCAAUGGCACCAAGAUGCACAUCUCCAACAGUGACAUCAGUUACAACUCCGCCUCAUCAUUCGGUGGUUCCAUCUUUUGUCAAAUGUCAUCGGUCAUCAUCACUGACACACAGUUCACUGGCAACACUGACCAAGGUGGCAAGAUCGACUCACUCUACUGUCAAUCAUCCAGUCCAUGUGACUUUACAAUUGACAACACUGUCUAUUCAAUCUGCGCUUAA